GCCGGAAGUGUGCGUACCCUUCUCUGCCCGGAAGUGACGCAUGGAGAGCAAUAACGUGCGGUGCUUUUUGAAAGAACAGGACAGUGAAUAGCACUUAUUAUGUCUUAUUUCAAAUAAUGAAUAAGUGAAUGGCGAUUUGCUGUUGACACAGGAAAAACGUGGUAUUUGGAAAACAUUUGGCCAAAGAAAUUCAUUUAGUGAUGGCAGCCUCAUUACCUCAGAAGCAAGGGAUGGCAGGGGUUCACCCUCAGCAGCAACCCCACCUGCCACCCAGUGCUGCUGCAGCCCAGGGUCAGCAGCCCAUGCCUCCUCAGGGAGCCCUGAGGGAGAUCUCCCCUGUGUUCCUCUGCCGGAUCGGACAGGAGACUGUUCAGGACAUUGUCACUCGUACUAUGGAGAUCUUCCAGAUCACACGAGCUACACAGCUUCCAAACGGUGUGACCCAGAGCCAGGCCAUGUACCAGGACCGCUUUGGAAAACUCCAGGAACACCUCCGGCAGCUCGCCCUGCUGUUCAGAAAGCUGCGGCUCCUGUAUGAGCGCUGUGUGGAAAUGACCUCUGACCUGCAGGAGGGACCAGCAGAGCUGCUGCCAUAUGUCGGGGAGGAGCUGCUCUCUGUCAAAGUGGAGCCCUGCAGUCCUGCUGUCAACCAGGAGAGAAAAGAGGUUCUAGAGAAAGUACGCCAAAAGAACCAGGAGAUGAAGGUUUUGAUGGACCAGAUGAGGAACCUGCUGUGGGACGUCAACGCCAUGCUGACGCUCAGGAAAUAAUACCACCACUCCAUCCACGGUCUUCAACAGAGACGCAUUCCUCGGACUAGUUAUCGGCAUAUAGCAGGUGAAAUGAAGGGUUUUCUCUUGGACCUUCAGGACCUUCUACUUUGGGACACUUUGCUUCGGUUGGCACUUCAUUCCUACGACUCACGAUUCACUGACAGCGUGGUGUGUUUAUUAUGUUAAAGUGAUUCAGGGUGAAAUGCCUGAUGGGAAAAGAUGAAAGCUCAGAAAAAAGACUGUUUUUUUUUUUUACUUGAAACACUCCAGACACAAGAACUUUCCUUUACUUUGUAAAAACCGGUUCAUAUCCAAGUUUUGUUUCUACUUCCAUGUUUCUACAAUUGUUACUUUGUCACUCAAUCUUUGUUGGGAUAAGUUCUGGAGUCCUGUUUUGUUAUUGACGAGUUUAAACCUGAAUCGCCUCCAGUCAAAACAACAACAACAAAAAACACCAUUUUCAUGGUGUUUUGGUCCCCAGUGGCCGACUCAACACCAGACACACUUCAGUUCAUUGCUGUUAAUUCUUGCAGAAAGCGCAGAUGCUGGUCUGACGGCUGUGUUCACAAAAGGAACAGUUUCUCUCAUUAUGCACUGUCAUUUGUGAAAACACGAUGGGUUCAGAAUUCAAAUCAGCCCCUUUGGCAGCUAUGUAUCUCAGGUGCUUUGUACAUAUGUAUGUGUGUGUGUGUGUAUGUGUGUGUGUGUGUGUGUGCGUAAUGAGAUUAGCUUCCUGAGUGCGAAACAACGCACCUGUUUAGCCCGAGGCUGUUGAGACUUGCUUGUGAAUUUAUUUUUGUAAACUGUGGCACUAUAGGAGGGCCUACUGCAUCAUUUCUUUUUAUAUCAAAUAAACUUGUUUUCUCACUCGAACUGUCCAAA